UUUCUCCUCCAGCCGCAUUGGUGCCAUGGCAACAGAGAGAGGCUGCAAUCUGGGUUCCGGAAGCAGAAAGCUGGAGCGUGGAAACUACCCGGCCAAAGGAUGCUGAGUCCCGAGCGCCUAGCUCUACCGGACUACGAGUAUUUGGCUCAGAAACAUGUCCUCACGUACAUGGAGGAUGCGGUGUGCCAGCUGCUGGAGAACAGGGAGGAUAUUAGCCAGUAUGGCAUUGCCCGGUUCUUCGCUGAAUAUUUUAACAGUGUAUGCCAAGGAACUCACAUUCUCUUCCGGGAAUUCAGCUUUAUACAAGCCACACCUCACAACAGGGCAUCUUUCCUACGGGCCUUCUGGAGAUGCUUCCGCACUGUAGGCAAAAAUGGUGACCUGCUGACCAUGAGAGAGUACCACUGUCUGCUGCAGUUACUGUGCCCAGAUUUCCCGCUGGAGCUCACUCAGAAAGCAGCCAGGAUUGUGCUUAUGGAUGAUGCCAUGGACUGCUUGAUGUCUUUUUCAGAUUUCCUUUUCGCCUUCCAGAUCCAGUUUUACUAUUCAGAAUUUCUGGAGAGUGUGGCUGCCAUCUAUCAGGACUUGCUGUCAGGGAAGAACCCGAACACAGUGAUUGUGCCAACAUCAUCCAGUGGGCAGCAUUGCCAGCGACCUGCCCUAGGUGAUGGUGGCAUGCUGGAUGGAGUUGAGUCUUCACUGUUCUAUCAGUGCCUGGAAAACUUGUGUGACCGGCACAAGUACAGCUGCCCACCCCCAGCGCUUGUCAAAGAGAUCCUGAGCAAUGUCCAGAGGCUGACUUUCUACGGAUUCCUUGUGGCCCUCUCAAAGCAUCAUGGAAUCAACCAAGCCCUGGGAGCUUUGCCUGACAAAGGAGACCUGAUGCAUGACCCAGCUAUGGAUGUGGAGCUGGAACGGCUGCUGGUCCAGGUCCCAGGCCUGGUCAAUUCCAUCACUGCCACUUCUGAGGCCACCUGCCUGCCUUCCAGAGCCCCUCCCCGUGUUGGUUCCCCAUUGAAACCCCUCCAUCGCUCCCGCAAAUUGGAUGCAGAGAGCGAUGGCUCUACCGAAGAGACAGAUGAGUCUGAGACUUGAAUCUGAAGGGUCCCAUCUAUGGCUUGUACCUUGCUCCCACCCUGCUUCUGCGGCCCUCACCAGCCUCCUCCAGCAGGACUGUGCCACCCUCUGCUGGAGAGAAGGGUGAAUAGCAGCCCUAGUAAGACCAGCCAGUUCAGUGAUCCCCAAAUCCCUUAACUCAUGCUCUCAGCUUUUGACAACCUGUUCGGCCCUAAGCUACCUCAUCACAGAGAAGGGCAUUGGCCUUUUGUUGGCAGUGCUGCUUAUGCCUAAGUAGUGUCUUCUCAGCCAGCCCACGAUCAGCCUAGUAAGGGUCAGUUUUCACAACUGCUCCUGUAAGGGGAACCUAGAUUGAUAAUGCAGGGUCUUCAUGGUCAAAGAGUGAUUCCUGAGAGCAUGUGUGGGGAAGACAUGAUACGCUGGAAUAAGAGGGAGGAUGGGCAAGAACUUCACUUUCCAAAUCUGCUUCAACAUUCUAUCAAAUAGUCAACUCUGUGAAAUGAAUAAAGUCCCUUGUGUCUGGUAAGCAAUGAGUUGUAGGCUAAGGGAA